AAAUCCUCUCUUCUCUUUUUUCAACUUCAUUUGAUUCUCUCUAUUCGUUAUUCCAUUCAAUUCAUCAAACUCUCGAACAUUUUUUAGAACGCUCAGAAUCAAACUCUCAAAUCCCUCUUUUAUGUUUUGAAAUCUCCAAGAACAUGCCCGACUCCAAUCCUCGUACAAUCAAUCCCACUUUUUCCUCUUCGAAGUGAUAUAAUUUGCAUCCAAUUUUGUGACAAUUUCAGAUUUACACAAUUCUAGGGUUUACUUUCCUUUCAAUUUCGAUCAUUCAAUUCCAAUUCGCAAUCGUUAUCAAUCCAUUGUGGUUUCGAAACUACUCGAUUUUAUCGCUUCGAAGUGGAAUUGGGAUUUUGGAUUGGUUUGAAUUUUGGUUGCGAUCGGUGACAUGAAGAUCGAAGACUUGGAUGAUGUGGAAUUUGAUUCAAAGAACGAUCGAGAGUGGGCUCAUCGAAGGCAGAUUGUUCGGGUCGAUGCGAAAAGAGCUUUAGUCGGAGCAGGUGCUCGAAUCCUUUUCUACCCGACCCUUUUGUACAAUGUUUUCCGGAACAAAAUUCAAGCUGAGUUUAGAUGGUGGGAUGAAAUCGAUCAGUUUCUGUUACUGGGAGCAGUUCCAUUUCCUAAGGAUGUUCCUAGGUUGAAGCUGCUUGGUGUUGGUGGUGUGAUCACCCUCAACGAGCCUUAUGAAACUUUGGUUCCAACAUCCUUAUACUAUGCACAUGGAAUAGACCAUUUGGUCAUUCCUACCAGAGAUUACCUCUUUGCCCCUUCAUGUGUGGACAUUAAUCGAGCUAUUCAUUUCAUUCAUGAGAACGCAUCUUGUGGGAAGACUACUUAUGUACACUGUAAAGCUGGGAGGGGAAGGAGCACAACCAUUGUGCUAUGCUAUUUGGUUGAGUAUAAGCACAUGACUCCUGCUGCUGCACUGGAAUACGUGCUGUCUAGAAGACCUAGAGUGCUGUUGGCUUCUUCUCAAUGGAAGGCCGUCCAAGAAUUUUGGUGGCAGAGAUUAGCUCCUACUCCACUGUCUCUCUCAGGAGAUGCUGUUCUGAUUACAAAAGCAGAUUUGGAAGGGUAUCAUAGCCCUUGUGGUAGUGAUUCCAGCAAGGAGCUGGUAAGUGUCCCCAGAGUGGCAAGGACUAGACCCAUGAUAGCAAGGUUAUCCUGCCUCUUUGCAUCCCUUAGAGUUUCGGGUGGCUUCGGACCUGUCUCAAGGCAGCUGGCAGAGGCACGCGCUUGCUAAACCCCGCACUUUUUAUUGAGCGGGUUGUUUGUGCAGAAAAGCAUUAUGUUAAAUGCAUCAUCUAUUUUCCCUGCUUCCGAUAGCCUUGUGUUUAUGAGCGAAUGAGAACUAAUAGAAAUUAAAGGAAGGGGACAGCUGAAGCGCUCUGCAACAUUGUGUAUGCUGGAGUUAAGGUAUGACUUUAGUUUUUACCUGUGUAAUAUAAUUACAUCAGGUUGUGUAAUUCAUACUUCAUCAGCUCAUAAACAUAUACUAGUGGGUCAUUUAUGUAUUCUGCGACCUCCAUGGGUCAUUUUCAAAGAGUGUGUCCAUUCCAUUCUGAACACUCAUUUACCUCCACUGUCAACCCUCCAACCCGUUGGGUUUUAUAUUUCCAUGCAUCAGUUAGGACCUUACGACGGAACAUAUUGCUGCUAUUUAUUUAUUUUUUUCCCCACUUUUUGUCAUAGAUUUAUUAGACCUCUUUACUGGGAGCAGGCUACCAUGAAAAGAAAGUUCGUUUCAAAGAGAUACAAUUUUUAAUCUUGAUUAUCGACUGUAUGUUGAGGUACCCCCUGAUCAAACGCUUCCAAAGUGAUAGAAUUGUAAUCUGUGGCAGCGUGUCAGUAAACCAAUGACACAAAUUCUUUUUUUUUUUUUU